UGUACUUUCACCGUUAAGUUCAUCUUGCAAUCUCCAACUAGACACCGCGAGGGUCCAACUGCAGUGCCCAGCUCAGACUUCAAAUAUGAAAUAUGGAAGCCACCUAAAAAUCAGAACUUACUUUUCGAAAUCGGCUACUUUCCCACUGUAAAGAACUACUCGUUAUCAUUAAGGCUUGAAAUGAAAAUUUUCACAGGUUCUCUUGCUCUAGCAGUGUACCUUCAGUUUUGCUGUGCCAUUGAGUUCCGGAGGUUGGGUCAGUUGAUACCACCAAAAUUGUCGAUAGAAGAGCUCUCUCCACAUGUCGGUAUCUCGGCAUUGACGAAAACGUCCAAAGUCGGCACGGCAGUCUUUUCACAAUGGCUUGAUCACAAUGAUCCUGGAAAAGGCAUGUUCGACAUGCAAUACUGGUGGAAUGCAGAAAGUUGGGCCGGGCCAGGUAGUCCGGUUGUCCUUUUUACACCUGGUGAAACAGCGGCAACAGCUUAUACAGGCUUUCUCACCAACCAUACUAUAACUGGUCGGCUGGCUCAGGAAAUUGCAGGUGCAGUAGUAAUAGUGGAGCAUCGAUAUUGGGGAAACUCAUCUCCGUAUGAAGACUUAACGACCAAAAAUCUCCAAUACCUGACGCUCAACCAGUCUAUAAUGGACUUCAUUCAUUUCGCCAAGACAGUCCAGCUACCAUUCGACACAGACGGAAGCAGCAAUGCUGAUAAGGCACCAUGGAUAUUUUCGGGUGGAAGCUAUGCUGGAGCAUUAGCAGCAUGGACCUCAAUCUUAGAGCCAGACACGUUCUGGGCUUAUCAUGCUUCUAGCGCACCCGUUGAAGUAAUCGAGGACUAUUGGGAGUACUUUACGCCUGUGCAACAGGGAAUGCAGAAAAAUUGCAGCUCAGAUAUUUCACGUGUUGUUGAUUACCUGGAUGAUCUCUUGGUCCACGGUAAUGCGUCCGAAAAAUAUGCAAUUAAGCAGAAAUUUGGAAUGGAAUCUCUUCAGCACGACGAUGACUUCAUGAGCAUGCUGGAGAAUGGACCAUGGCUAUGGCAAUCAAACACUUUCACUUCGGGCUACUCGGGUUUUUUUAAGUUCUGUGACGCGAUCGAAAAUGUUGAACCAGGUGCCCUAGAAACUCCAGACGAAAAUGGAGUGGGUCUUGAGAAAGCACUUUCAGGCUACGCUUCUUGGUCUCGAGAGAUCUUGAUUCCUGGUUAUUGUCAGAACUUUGGCUACAGUGAUCCCCUCGAAACAGCAUGUAUGGACAGCUAUGACCCAUUCAAUCUGAUUUUCACCGAUUAUACUGUCAAUAAUACCGGCGGCCGUCAAUGGAAUUGGAUGUUAUGUAAUGAACCAUUAUUUUAUUGGCAAGAUGGCUCGCCGAAAUCCCGGCCCAGCCUAGUUUCCCGCCUCAUUAAUCCUCAAUACUGGGAGCGCCAAUGCUCACUUUUCUUUCCCCCCGAAGAAAAUUAUUCUUAUGGUUCCCACUACGACCUCAAUCAGUACACGAAAGGGUGGGAUCUUACGAAUACUCAGCGUUUGAUCUGGACCAGUGGAGAAUUUGAUCCAUGGAAAACUAGCGGAAUGUCCAGCGAAUUUCGCCCAAAUGGCCCGUUCCCCGGAACUAAAGAACAGCCGCUCAACGUUAUACCUGGAGGCUUUCACUGCUCCGAUCUCAGGGGCUCAGACGCUGAGAAUAAUGAGGGUGUCCAAGCAGUGGUAGAAAGCAUUUUAGCGCAAGUGAAGGAGUGGGUGGCUGAAUAUUAUACCAGACAAUCACUGUGCUGA